AUGGCAGACGUGGAGAUCGAUAACAACCCAGCCUCCGAGCUCGCUGCAGCAGUUGCGGCGUACAGCACAUACCCUUUUGGCACCGAUGAAGAAUUUCAGCAAGGCCUGAAUAGCUUGAUGGCUGGCGGGGCUCUGGUCGGGAAGACGGACGAGGAGAAGGCCGACGUCGUUCGGCUGGCGCAGAUAUUCUACUUCAACCGAAAGACAAGCAAUAAUAUUACCGUAGACGCCGUCCGCAAUUACGAGCAGGCCCAUGCCGUGAAGCCUCCAGUCACCCCCGAAUCGGAUUCUAACGAGCCUCGCGUCCUGUCAUUCGCAGAGCUACAGGAACUAAUCCAAUCGGGCAGAGUCGAUGAGAUUCCGAACAACAGAAUCAUCCCCGAUACAUUGAAUGAGGCACCCCCUUCCGAAUCCAAAACUCCCGCGAAAUUGAAACCAUGGGAGAAGGAAGCGAGCACCGAUGUAUAA